AUGGAAUCGACACCGACCCAUGCCAUUCUUGCGCCGACCGAGUCGUCGAGUCACCUCACAAUGAUGCAGACCACGACGACUCGGCCUCACGCGACCAGCGGCAAGCGGGUCCGAGGCGAGUCGAUCGAGCUCGCGGCGCGCAAGUCCAAGUCUCCGACCCGGUCCUCUGUGCCGCCGCUGCCGCCGCCGUCUCGUGGUGCAGAGCUCGUGCCAGUGGCCGCCGCGUCGUCGUCGGCUUCGUCAUCGUGUAACUCGUCCACCAGUAACAGCACGAUUGACUCGGCCCUGGCGGCAGUGUCAUCGCUGUCAUCGGCCUCGUUCAUACUGCAGGACCCGCAUAGCGGCAACAUCGACGUCGAGCUCAAUAGCACCACGUUCAGCCCGUAUCAUCAUGCGAAUCCGAAGGCGGCUCCUCCGCAUCAGGUCGCUUUGGGCAUCAGCGCGCCACUUAGCAGCACGCUCGAGCUCGGCCCCGGCCCCGCUGCGGAUCUGUCCACGGCGACAGCUACGACGGGACUCGGCUUUUCGCCCACCAAUUCGACCAAUCAUCUCUACUUUCCACUCCAGCCUCAGAAUCUACCUCAGCACCAGCAUCAUAUGUCACCCCGACUAACGGGCCUCCAGAUCGGUUCACCGCCAUUAAUUCCGAGCCCGACGCUCGUCGGUCAAGCCUUGCCGUCAGUCGCGGCUUCGGCGUUCCAUCACCUGUCCCAGCAGAAGCAGGGCUCGCAACAGGUAAGUUGUCUACAGGCCUCAACCUAUAUAGGAAAAAGUGUCAUGAGUAUCCCAACCUGCCGCGCGCCAAGCCUUUGAGAAGUUUUGGCCUCGCCAACUAACGAUUCUGCGUCACGGGCACUCAAUACCUUGUGCAUUGACAGCAUGUAUUAUCGCCGCCAUCGCAGCAUAUCUCCACGAUUCCUUCACCGUCCGCCAUGUCGAUGACGUCGUCGUUGAACUACACACCUGCCCUGUCCGCCGGAACCAUGUCGGCUUCGUCUUCCCAAGACGGCUUCCGGGUCGCCAGCCAUUCACCGAUCAUGGCCUACCCAACAACGCCACAAAUGAUGGCCGGACUCGGCAUGCCUGGAGCGUUCUUCCAUAAUCUACCUGGAGGGGCCACAACAAUGCACAAGCAGACUUCCUCGGGAAGCCAUCGCAUCUACAUGAAUCCCUCGUCUGCGGGCAGAGCCGCCUCGACUUUGUCGGCGCAAAACAGCCCGCGUCCUCCCUCAACGAACAGUCAAUCACCCGCGUCGCUCUGGGGGCCCAUGCCCGGCGCGAUGCCUGUCGAGUCGAGUUUAUUGACAUCGGGCAAGAACCGCACAGUCAUGUUGCCCACGCCGGUGCCGACGGUCGAGGCUACGCCGUCGAGGAAAGGGGAAGAGAUCGGACUGGAUUUGGGGGACUUUGACAUGCUGGACACCCUAGGUGAGAAACGAGACGUGUGUGACCAUUUUCCCUAUUUGGGGUCCUGCUUUACUCAUCUCCAAAGCAUCAUCGUCCCUGUCAGGAACCGGAACUUUUGGCCGUGUCAUCCUCGCUCAAUUGAGGCCGGCGCCGUGUCGACCGGCGCAGACCCAGCCGCAUUACUUCGCGAUGAAGGUGCUUGAGAAAGUCACGGUUGUUCGAUUACGUCAAAUCGAGCACCUCAAUUCCGAACGUGCGACGUUGGCCCAGGUCUCGCACCCGUUCAUCGUCAACUUGUGAGUUCGGAUACGAAAAGGAAGCAAUCAUUCAUUUCCUUGCGCCGACGGCGACUUUCGCUGACGAGCAAGAGCCUUCUAUCACCUCCUAUAGGUUCUGCACCUUUCAGGACGAACAGAACCUGUACCUUCUCCUUGAAUACGUGCAAGGUGGUGAGCUGUUCUCGCAUCUGCGGCGCGCGGGACGUUUUUCGGCCGACGUUGCACGAUUCUACGCCGCCAAUCUCAUCCUGGCACUCGAGUACCUACACAAGAAGGACAUCAUCUACCGGGAUCUCAAACCUGAGAAUCUUCUGAUUGAUUCCACGGUAAGUGGACGUGUUCAGCCUCCUUUGAUCUCACCGAAGCGAUGCCCACGCGCCGUCUGGCCUUCUUCGUUAACAGGGCUAUCUGAAGAUUACCGAUUUUGGGUUCGCAAAGCAUGUUCGAGACCGCACAUACACGCUCUGCGGUACACCCGAGUAUCUGGCUCCAGAGAUUGUGAGUCCCUCGACACCAUAGUUGGAUCCAGGCGGCGAAGCGCCAGGAAAUUGACCAUCGGGUCUCCGUCUGCAGAUCAUGGCGACCGGCCACGGCCCAGCUGCGGACUGGUGGGCGCUAGGCGUUUUGAUCUUUGAGCUACUCGCGGGCUACCCCCCCUUCUUCGCCGACAACCCACUCGAUACCUACGAGCGCAUCCUGCAGAACAAGUUCUCGUUCCCGGCCCACAUCGAUCGCAACGCGCGAGACCUCAUCAAGCAUCUUUUGACGCCGGAUUUGUCGAAGCGGUUGGGCAACUUGGUCGAUGGGGCGAGCGACGUCAAGAGGCAUCCUUGGUUCGAGGGCGUCGAAUGGGACGCGGUUGAGACAAAGCAGAUUCGGGCUCCCAUUAUCCCGCACGCCAGUGGGCCAAGCGAUACGUCCAACUUUGAACGCUACCCUCCGAGCUCGAUCGACACGCUGCCGGCAGUGAAACGCGCGGCGCAAGCUCGCAGGUUCAACACGAUCCCCGAACUACUACCGCAUGGUGACGAUCCCUGUGAGUGCUCUUGGUACGAGGCUGUAAAUAAGAUGCUAAGGUUUAGCGGCUGAACUCGACGCUUCCUUCGCCAAUCGCAGAUGGUUACCUCUUCCCGGCGUUCUAG